AUGAACGUUUAGAUCGAGAAUUCUCGUCAUGAAAUGAAAAUUCCACUGGAGCUCCAAGCGGUUGUGUACACACAGCCUUAGCCUGCAAGACCGUUUACAGCUCUUCGAGUCACGGUUUUUCCCAAGCCUGGUAAGUCACAGGAGGAGAGACUGCACCGACUCAGAACACCAUGGCAAAGUUCCUGUCACAUGAUCAGAUAAACGAGUUCAAAGAGUGCUUCUCCCUGUAUGACAAAAAGCACCAAGGCAGAAUCCAGGCCAAAGACCUGCUGACGGUGAUGAGGAGUCUGGGAACAAGCCCCACCUUCAGUGAAGUGGGCAGACAUCUGCAGAUCCAGAAAAUAGACAGGACCGGUGAGCUGGACUUCUCCACAUUCCUGACCAUCAUGCACCGGCAGCAGCAGCAGGAAGACCCCACAGCGGAGAUCUUGGAGGCUAUGAGGAUGAUUGACAGACAGAGGCGGGGCUACAUCCCUGCCGCCGAACUCCGAUCCAAACUCACUAGUUUGGGGGAGAAACUAACUGAUCAAGAGGUGGAUGAGCUGUUCGGGAGUGCAGGAGUGGCCUCGGAUGGCUUCAUCCACUAUGAGGAGUUCGCCAGAACAAUGGCCCGCCCACCCCUGCCGUCCAGCAAACGCUGAGCCCCGAGGCAGCGGGGGGGCCCUUUCAGACAGGUCGCUGGGUACACUGAGUUAUACAUUUAUACAUGUUCUCAUUGUUAUGGGACAUAUACUCCUGCCUCCUCUGUGACUGUCAUUGGUUUGGUGAAACCAAAUAAAUUCAAAAUGACUGUG